AUGCCAUUUUAUAUUUAUUUUAUUUCACGUCAAAAUAUUCAAAAUACUAGAUAUUUAGGAAUUUUUUCUGAUGAAAGUGUAGUUGAUGAUUGGUAUAAAGCUGUAUUAGCAUUAUCAAAAAAGAAUCCUGGUGAGGUUAAAUAUUCUAUUGAGAAGGUAUCUCGGGAAUGGUACACAUUACCGCAUUCAGAUCAUGUUAUUCAUGUAACUCGAAAUGCUCCUGAAAAUGAAUUAAAAGAAUUUAAAGGAAAAUGUUUUUGGUUAUUAAUGGAUGAUGUGGGUGGUAGACAUUUGCCAUUAAUUAAUAAUAAUGGUAGUAAUUCUGGUGGUGGUUCAGGUAAUAGUGGUAAUCCUAAUAAUCCAGGAUUAAAUACUGGAGGAUCGACUAGAAACAUAUCUGGUAAUCCUGGUUCAAAUACAGGUCAAGGAGGUAAUCCAACUGGUGGAAAUACAGGAGGUUCAGGAAACAGUACAGGAUCUAAUCCAAAUGAAUCAGGUGCUAAUAAACCUAAUUCUGGAUCUGGUUUAAAUCAAAAACAAAAACUUGCAUUAGAUGAGAUAUUUAAAAAUCUUCAAAUGCAACGAACCGAUAAUGACGAUCAAGAUCUUGAAGAACUUAGAAAGGUUUCACAAAAACUUGCAGAAUUACUUAAUAUGCAAAAUGUCAAUAAAAAAAUAAAUUUAUAG